AUGCAUGUUGUCCAAGCAAACAUGAACCCUGCAAACAUGAGCCCCGACGAUGCUCCACCGGCAUACUCUUCCUUGCCCAAUGCACAGUCCCCCGAAAAGAGCGACAUGAUCCUAGCACCACAAGAGAACGAGCCCGGUCUGGCAGUGGCUUCUGCUCUCCGCCGAGGACUUCAGGUGUCCGCACGAUCAACAGUAUCCUCGUCGGCGUUCGACUAUCCAGAGGAACUAGCCUGUUAUGGGGUAUCCAGAGAGGACUGGGCCCAAUUUACACAAACCAUCAGCCAAGGGGCCAAGCUUUCACGCCAACAGUGGACCACAGUGAUUGGCAGGAGUAUGGGCGCCCUGGGCGUCGGGGGGCUGAUGAUCGGAGUCCUGGGGGCCAUCCCAGCAGUCUUCAUUGCCCGGCUGUCGAAACGGCGCCAGGAGCAACGAAAUCUGAUCAGCGCGAUGGCGGGGGUGGAUGGGGACCAUCUGGCUCAACACAUCACGCAGUGGAAUGAGACAUUCUUCCGGCCUCGCGGUAUUCUGAUUCGCAUCGAUUUACCGGAUGAAUACCUCGAUGAUCUUGAUCAUAUGGAUAUCAGCAAGAAUGGCGCGUUGAGGGAUUCUCGAAAAGACCGGGCAAAGGCUUCACAGAGCGCGAGAAUUGUGAUCAUUCCUCUUAAUGAGACCACGCCGACAUGCAUCUAA